UCAUCAUCAUCAUCAUCACAUUCGUCUUCCUCAGGCUCGUCAUCAGCUUCCAGGAGCAGAAGCAGCUCCAGCAGUCAGGAUUCACAGAAACCUAAGUCAAAGAAGGCAUCCAAGGAAAAACACAACAAAAAGGAUUAUAUUAUAUUCUCGUUUGUGGACACUCGUGGUUGGAUUUAUUCCAAAAAAGACAAACAGAGUGUUUUGUUUUUUUCUUUCAGACCUUUUUGGCUACAGAUGAUUACAGGAGUUGUUCCUUCAUAAAAAUAACUUUCAUUAGUUACUUUCCCGGUCGGCUGAAGAGUUAAUUGCUCCCAUUCAGUUAUGCCGUCGUGUAUAAUUAAAGGUUGCUUCAACACGUGGAAGACAAAAGACUCCAAUGUUAUUCUUCAUGUCUUCCCAAAAGAUAAGGACGGAAUAAAACUGUGGCUAAGCCAGUCCCCGGAAAACUUCCCGAAUGUUGACGAGCUGGUUGAGAAAGUAUACUCCCAAAAUAAAUAUGGCACCGUUAGAUUGUGCUCGAAACAUUUCAACGACGAUCAGUAUUUCCACGAGGGAACACGACGAAGACUCAGGCCGAACGCUGUUCCUACCAUUUUCAUACCCGAAAGUUUACCUUCUGAGAAAGUAAAAAAAAAGGGCAUUAAACGAAAGAGAGCAUCGAAAAAUGAUGAAACCGGUGAAGGAGCUUCGAGCAGUGUCCUGUUUUAUUCGCAGACAUCCGAUCCUAACAACCCGCUCGUCCAGCAAGUUUUGCCGUCACACUUGCAUAUUGUGCUUCCAAGUACGAGCCUGCUGUCAAUGGGAAAACCCAGAAUGUACGACAAGGCCGUCAACACAGAUUACUUCGUUGAUAAAAAAUGCCGAGCGGUGGGGACAGAUCCCCAUUUCGGCAAGAGAAAUUGUGUCACCCAAACAUUGCCUUGGAAGGGGAAAUCUCAGGGUUCACUCUGUACCAUUUUAAUGGGAGAUUUAAUAAAACCUCUUCCGAGAACAUCUGAACCCAACCUUUGGCAAAGCAAAAACACCACGUCCUCUAAUAUAGGCACCUUAAACCAUACUUUUUUCCCCAGAACCUCCCAAACGUUGACUGGGCGUGCCGCCAACAUAAUAAUUCCGAGGCAGAAAGAAGUGAAGCUAGAAUUUGGUAGUCGUGGGAAAGAGCCUUUUGGUGACCACGAUGGAUCACCAUCAUCCGUUCCUCCGGUCCUUCUGAGGGAAAUCAAAGAGGAGAGGAUGAGUCCUACACCAGAAUGCGAUGGAACGCAACUUAUUUCCGAACUGGAUUAUUCUAAAGUUGUGGUUAAAAGCGAAGAUGGCGAUAGUGACGAGUCUGAGGCCGAAUCUAACACAGACGUCUCGGAAAACGAUAAUUCGUCUACCAAGGAUGCUUCUGAGGGACAUUUCAGUGACCCUGAUAACGACGGCAAUUUUACAGUUUUAAAAAGCUGUUUAUACGAUCUGAUCAAGCUGAUUCGAUGCCAGUAUCGCGGCAUGUGUAACGCCACAUUGACGAAUGUUCAGGUCAAAACCUUAGGCACAGUGACCGCCAUUGAUGUUCUGUGCUCCAACGGCCACAACUCUACCCUUUAUCACAGCGAAGCCACGAAAGCUCGAAUGGCUCUUGGAAACCGUCUCAGUCCUUCUCAGCAGCGCGAGUCUUCAGAAACUGAGACGUUUUUCCACAAUUUUGAAUAUGAUGAUCUCUCUGAUUAAAUACUGUAGGCUUAACAAACCGUAUGCGUUUCCAACCUUUCACCACCACUGGCAAAAAGAAAAAGCUGCAAAUUUGGUUUGGAAAUUUGACAGUUUUUCCAUGAUAUGGGCUUUCUAGUGUUUUCGUCAAAGAACUGCAUUCCAUGUUUGAGGAGACCACAAAGAAAAUAGCGUAUUUCAGCAGGUGGAUCCGCCAUUGACCUCAGUUGGUCCUUAAAGGGAAUCUAUUAGCAGAAAAUUCAUUGUUAAACCAGGCACCAUGGGGGUCGUUAUCGCUCUCACUGCGCCUUGAUUUGUGCCAGAAUUUGUGGCCCACUCUUGCUGCGCCAAAUAUAUGAAGUACAAAGUUGUUUUGUUUUUUUUUAGACUUGCCCUAGGUUCACAUCUUGCAUUGUGAAAUCCUGCAGGCUGUUGCGGCAGAGAAUAAGCUCGCUGGAGUUCACCGUAUCCAGCAUAGCAGGAUAAUGCCGCAAACCACCUAUUAUGGGACCUGAAGGGGAUCCAGCCACUUUCCGGUAAAAUCCUGCAAUUUUUUGUCUGUCCGAAAGCCGGCAUUUCUGCCAGAACGUGGUCAGAUCCCAUCAAUG